AUGUCGCGCGGCCUCCAGCUCCUGCUUCUGAGCUGCGCCUGCAGCCUGGUGCCCGCGGCGCGGGAGGUGAAGGUGGCCUGUUCGGAGGAUGUGGACUUGCCCUGCACUGCCCCCUGGGACCCGCAGGUCCCCUAUGCGGUCUUCUGGGCCAAGCUCACAAAUGGCAGUGCAGAGACGAUGGAGGUGCCCCAGGAAGACCUGCAGUACUAUCAACAGAGGGCCUCUUCCGAGGCCCCCAGGGAAAGGCUGUAUUCCCUGAGGAUCCAAAACACUACCAGCUGCAACUCGGGGACCUACAGGUGCACUCUGGUGGAUCCAGAAGGGCAGAGAAACCUAAGUGGCACCACGAUCUUGAAAGUGACAGGAUGCUCUAAGGGACGCAAAGAAGAGACUUUUAAGAAAUACAGAGCUGAGGUUGUCCUGCUGUUAGCUCUGGUCACUUUCUACGUGACACUCAUCAUUUUCACUUGCAAGUUUGCACGACAGCAGAGUAUUUUUCCAGACUUUCUUAAACCUGCCACAGAACAUGCUUUUCUCCCAGUUACCUCCCCAAAUAAGCAUUUGGAGCCAGUGACUCUUCACAAGACAGAACUGGUGUGA